GGAAUAUAAAAUCGAAAUGAGUUUAAAGUGGUCAAUGUCGGGUCAUGUUUCAGGUGCAGUUCCAUGAAAGUUUGGUGAAUUUUCAACUCAGAUACGUCAUCAGUGAUGAUUAGUCUUAUGGCAAACUGUUUUACUUGGGUGAAGAGGAGAAGGGAACCUUCAAAGUACGUUUUAACAGAGUUUGAUUUACAUUGUGACAAAAAAUAGUGUUGAUGUCGAAAUAUUGUGGUCGAAAAUGUGAUUUCAAAUGACCAAACCUUAGAUGCAUCUUUCUGUUCUUUCUUCAGGAAAGUUACCCUUCUUAUGGUGGGUUUAGAUAACGCAGGGAAAACGUCUACUGUAGCUGAUCUGACGGGAGGUAGGAAAGUAAAAUUACAUUUAAUUUUAUAAUCUAUUCUUGGCGGUAGUUCCUCGUACCAUAUGAGUUUGUAGUUACUAAAAUCAGCUGCCACUUCCUGAUGACAUCCGAGUACAUCCAUAAACGUUAUGAGAGGAAAAUAUUGGUUUGUGGCCAAUUAUAGUAGAGGCACGGUUAGUAAGGGUUAUUGAAAGAUACUUUUUCGUGGUGAUGGAAGUUUCUAGUCCAAUCCGUGAGCCAUUUUGACGAGGUUUCCUCUCUAGUUAUUAUCUGAAUUGGGCCGAUUGGCACCCAGGAUACACGAGAACCCUCUUGGGGAGCUUUUAAUAAAUUUAUACUUAUGUCAUAAUUUUGUUUUCUAUAGUCACAGUCUAAAUCAAAAUAGGAAAAUGGGACAUUUUUAUAAUGUUUAAGUUGGGGUUUCUGUGAGGAAACUAAAAAUUUUCUGCUUUUCUAAAUGAAUCUUUACAGACUGAACAAAUUUCAGAGUUAAAGAGAGCUAACUGCAAGAAUUUUGUCUAGCUGCCUAAUAUGUUAAAAUGUUGGGGAGGCUCCAAAUCUUGAAUUCUCUGUCUCCUUGAUAAGAUAAGCAGAAUCCUGCCUGCUUUCUAUUAGGUUCUUACUUUAAAUCAAUUGGAGAACAGACUCAUAGCUAAGGUCACCAUGAACGAAGUUUUCCAUUUUUAUCUUAGAGACAAAUAGAUUCUAUCCCACUGUGGGUUUGUACCAUGAUACAUUACUGAAGAUGUCAAAAUGUGGUGAGGACAUCAGUAACACACUUGGCUGUUUGGUUGUCACCACAUUUUGACAUCAUCUGCAACCUAUUACUGAACACAUGCAUGGCAACUUGAAAUUUUUAGGUUAAAGGUUCAGUACUAAGAGAUUCCAUUUGAGACCUAGAAAUUAGCACUUGUGUGAAAUGAAUAUUAUUUUCUGUAUUAAUUAUCCUAGAUGUACAUGCUUUCAUAGAGGAAAAAUCAUGACUGCACUGGUCUACAGUGACGUAGUUGUUGCUGGAUUUAAUAUUUAUUUGAUUCAAAAAUAAUGUUUACUUGUGUUGUAUUCUCUUUGCAGAGUCCACAGAGGGAAUUACCCCAACAGUUGGCUUUUUGAACUCAUCAUUUUCAUUGUAUAGAUUCAGUGUGACAGUAUUUGAUGUAGGAGGUGGUGCUAAGAUUCGUUCAAUUUGGAAAAAUUAUUAUGCUGAGGUCAGAAUCUACAAGUGUACAUGACUGAAAUUUUUUGUGUGAUUGAAUUUUAAAAUCUAUAGAGUUUAUUACAUUAAAAUCUUUUUAAAGUCUUUUAUGGAUUGAUUAAUUUCUUUUUCAUUUUGUUUUGUAGUCAUAUGGAAUAGUAUUUGUGAUAGAUGCCAGUGACACAACUAGGCUAGAGGAAAGCAAGAAAGCUCUUUAUGAAACAGAGAUGCAACCCCGUGUAGCAGGAAAACCUUUACUCGUGUAAGAAGACACUCCAAAUUAUGCUUAUGAAUAUUUAACAACCUGUCACACAUGUAUGGUUUUUUCUGUUUUCAAGACUGCAACACAUAUUAUUACUUCUCCCCUGAAUGGUAUGACCAGUCCUGUUAACAUCCCCUCCUCCCUCCCCCCCCCCCCCCACCCCCUUCUUUAGCAGUUUGUCAAGUUUAAAAGUUUUCUAUGACCCAUAUACAGUAUGCCCCUGGGUCUAGAAUCUGAAGCAUGGACAGUUACUAGCUCUCUUACUCAAGAACACGACACAGAGUCCCUUACUAGAGCCAGAUCAUAAACCUUUCUUUUUUUGUCACAAGCACUUUUGGACAAUUUUACAUUGUAAUACAUUCUUAAGUUAACAUUCUUUAUAUUUCUGUGACAAUAUAAUGGCUAAGAAAAUCAAAUUUAGCGUUUUUUUUUUACACAAAUUGUUAACUCAUCUUAAAUUUUCUCUGUAUAAAGACUUGGAAAUAAACAGGAUAAGGAGGGAGCUCUAAAUGAAAAUGAACUACACAGACAGCUUGAGCUAGACACACUUACUGAAAAAUACAGUUGUCCAUGUAAAGUGGUAAGUUAUUACAUUCAGGUUAUUUCUUAUUGUGACUUUUUGCCAGCAUUAUUUGAAAUCAUUUUUUUUAAAGAUGUUCUAAUUAGAUUAUUUCUUAUCUUUCACCAGUUUUGUUGUUCAGCAGUACUUGGUAGAGGAAAUAAAAUAGAUAGACAAAUUAAAAAAGGUGAGUUGAAAACCAUUUGUAAACAUGUUUAUGUGGAAUUUUUUUAUAGAAACUGUCAAACUCAUAAACAUAUUUUUAUAACUUGGUGAGUAAUUCAGUACUUCUUCCCUCAAAUGUUUUGCAUUCUUAAGGAUGAUAUAAAGAAGAAAAUUGGCAGCCCUGAAUAGAAAGAAAGGAUGCUUGGGAAAUCUAAAAAGAUCACUUAUGUCUAAUAAAUUAUUGUUCUUGUUUAUAUGAUAUCUAUAGGCUUCCGAUGGCUCCUUGCUGAAAUAUCCAAUGAUCAUGUCAAUCUGUCAAGAAGAGUGGAGAAAGACAUGGCUGAACAGGUGAUUAUAACCAUCUCAGUCAUAGAAUUUAUUUUUUCAGCAGGCAUCUGGCAGGGCGGUAUGGCUAUUUCUUGCCUGGUCAUGCCAUUCUGGAGGGCUCUCAUUGAGAGAGGGGUGGGGGGCAUUUUUGUCUGUUGUAUACAAUAAAAGCACAUAUAGGGAGGUUUGGAUCAUUUGAGAAUUACUGUUGAGAAUUAUCUGUAGUGUGGAUGACUUGAUGGCUCUGCCAGAGAAAAACAUUCUGAGGGCUAAGCUGAAAAGGAAGAAAGGUUUGAGUGGGGUACAGCCCUUUCAAACCUCAGCACCUUAACCUUUUUGUUCUGUCACUACACUCUUUUGUUAUAUUUAGAAACUGAUUGCCUGAAACUUGCUAAUUUGUGGCUAACUUAUUAGUUAACAUCUAGUUUCUAGCAAUUAUUAUUUAAAAUAAUGACUGAAUCAUUUCCUUGUUAAUUGCAGAAAAAGGCACAGGAUGAAGAAAGAGAGCGCAAAAGAGAAAGAGUCAGAUUAGCAAGGGAGGCAAGGUUGGUGGUAGAGGGCUUAUGUGUGCGAGACAUUAACUUUGCCACCUUUUUCAUUAGAUUUUGUUAUUCUUGUGAUAUUAAAUUUGUUUUUAACUAUUACCUUAGGGAGAAAGCCGAAAGAGAAGCUGCAGAAAGAGAGAAACAGCAGGUGGAGGAGUCAGACGAUGGUGUUGUUGUUAGCAAGGUGAGAUACUUAGAAAGCAGUCCUUUGCCAUCAGCCUCUUAAGCCCCUAUUUUUAGUCAUCAACAAAAGAGGCCUCAUGUAACAAGCAGUAAAUAAGUUAUGAUAUUGUUCUGAUAAAGGUAGAUUUAGAAUUUAAUGCUGGUCAAGAUUGUUAGUGAGUACAUGAUCUGUGCUAUUACAGAUUGAUGCAUUAUUAUAUGUAAUUUCAUUAAGCAAAAUAAGUCCAGAUUUGGUGUGGUAUUUCAUCCAAUCGUCUGAACUUAAUUCUUUUGGUCUGAAAUCAGGACAAAAAGAAGAAAGACAGAGAUACACCAGAACCUCAAACCUCAUCCAAGAAAAAGAAAAAGGGGAAAGAAAAUAAUCAUGAGCCUGAUGCACCAGAGAAAGGGAAGAAAAGUAAGAAGAAAAAGAAAACAAAACAGGAUGAGGACAUGGUGGAUGGACAAGAUACUAGAAAUGUAUGUUCAUGAUGGAAGCAUGUGCUUUUGUUGUAACUGUGAGAGUAUCUGUAGGGUUCAAGUACCGAGGGGAACUUGGAAGGAAUGUGCACAUGUAACUUUUCAGUUAUGUCUUUUUUUUCCAAACAGAUGGAAGACCAAACCCUCAGUAAUCCUAGUCCACUAGAAGAGCACUUAAUUGAAGAUAGGUCCAAAACUCGCGAUGAAACAAUAGAGCAUUUACAACAAGGAGGUUGGGGUGAAAUGAGAGAAAGUUUGCCUGUACAUGAGAAUACUACACCAGAGGAUAGUGAAGUGAAAACAAAAAAGAAGAAAAAGAAAAAGAAAAAAUUAAAUAAAACAGCUCCAAUGGAAGGAGAGGAAACAGAACUUCCACCACUCAAUGCUUGGGGAACUCCACCGAGUACAUUAAAUGGAUUUCCAGGAAGUAGUGGGGUAUCUCCAAGAAGACUAGAGCCAUUGGGGCUACCUCAUACAUCAGGUACUGUGAAAGAGACCCUUGUGAUGUAAAUGACUCACAGAUUGCCAUGUGAAUAUCUUAAUUAGUAAAGAAACCUGGGCAGUAGGCUGACACAGACAGUGCUUCCUUGGCAUAACACUGUAAUUGUUUUCUUCUUAUUCAGUCUGGGGGCUUCUUCUUGUGUCAGUCUAUAUUUAAAAAAUAGAUUCCACGUUGCCAUGCGUCUGUUUGGUAAUAGAUCACAGAUGAUGUCAAAAUGUGGUAAGAACAAAAAAGUGGCACUCGAGGCGCAGCUGAGUGUGUCACUGAUGUUCUUACCACAUUUUGACGUCCUCUGUGAUCUAUUACUGAACAGACACGCCAACUUGGAAUCUAUUUUUUUUUAUAUAAUAAAGAAUUAAAAAAAGUUUUAACAAUGAGGUCAUCUACGCGUCUGUCCUCCAAUAGAUCAUAAGUGAGAACCAAUCAGAAUGCGUGCAUAACUGAGCUUAUUAUAUAAUUAAUGAUAAUUCAGAUAGUAGUCUUGAGUUAAGAUAAACAUGUUGAGUUUUUAUUGAAGCAAAAAGGCUAAAAUUUACUCAAACUAUACCUCAUCAUGAAAUAACUCUACCUUAAUUUUUUAUUUCUUUCAUGUGUUGCAUUUUCUCAGGAAACAAAGCCAUACCUUCGUUAUCAAUCCCAGAAGGCGAUGAGGUAAAUUUUGCAAAGAUUCACAUUGUAACUUCAAUUAUUGAAAUUCUUAAAUAGCAAAGAACUUUUCUUCCCAUGAGAGGCAUUUAUAUUGAGUACUGCUUCUGAACAAACUCUUUAAAUCAAACAUAUUAUUCCAAUGUGUCUAUAAUUAUACAAUGACAACGACUUAUUUCUUCACACAGGAACCAAACAGUCUUCCUCCUAUUCGAGGAUCAUCGUGGACAAGAAGCAGACCAAACAGUGAAGAUUGUGAUGUGGUCACAUAGAAUAUUACAAUUCUAUUUUUCUCGGUCACAUUUAAAUCAACACUUAUCUUGAUCAUUUACAAUGCCACUCAGUCAAAUUAAACUUGAAAGCCUUCAGGUUGUUGCUUGAACUUUUCCCCACUGUCUUAGAAAGAUUUUCCUCUCAGGGAGGAUAAUCUUUAUAUUUGUGGGAAAACCUUGUAAUUUGACUCCUGAUGGCAAUUGGGUCAAAAAUGGGUCACAAAGGUCCAAAGUUCUCUGAUUUAGCUGAGUCGCAUCUAAAAACAUGUCACAUAUUUGGUGAAAAUUUAUUUUUCCUGUAAAUACACAUUUCUUGUCUGUUUUAUAGAGAAAAACACCGCAUCAUAUUUAAGGAAAUAUUGCUAAGCAAUAUCUAAGCAUUUCCACCUCAAUUAUAUUAAGACUAUAUACAAUUCAUGUAUCCUCAUUGUAUCUCCAUAGCAUUGAGAUAAUUUUGUAAAUACCAAAGAAAUCCUC